UGGCAAUGAUUGUUGCAAUUGACCGAGUCCAGAGUCCAAACCACCAAGGGAGUAUAAAGCCAGAGAGGAGGCUUUCGGGAGAGCUUGCAUCCAGGCACAUAUACCAAGUACACCAAUCAGCAACCUUCAAGUAUCCUAGUUUGAUCUCGCCGCGAGCCCGUGAAGAUGAAGAUGGUGCUUAAGGUGCCGAUGGUCUGCAAGAAGUGCAAAUCUUGCGUCCUUACGAUUGUGUCCAAGGUCAAAGGCGUCAAGUCGAUGGCAUACGACGAGGAGAAGAGCACGCUGACGGUGGUGGGGGAAGUGGACGUGGUGGUGGUCGUCGACGCGCUGCGCAAGGGGAAGCACCCGGCGACAGUGGUGACGGUGGGCGACGAGAAGAAGGAAGCGGAGGAGAAGAAGAAGAAGGAGGAAGAGGAGAAGAAGAAGAAGGAGGCCGAGGAGAAGAAGAAGAAGGAAUGCCUGGAGAAGAUGCAGAAGUGCUGCCCCAAGGCUUGCCCGCCGCCACUCUACUGCCCCAAGGCUUGCUCGCCGCCACGCCACUGCCCGCCGCCACCCCGCUGCCCGCCGCAAUCCUACUGCUACGUCGACGACUCCGGCCCCUGCACCAUCGUGUGAGCGAGAGGGGAGAUCAUCGACCCGGCGCCGAUCGUUGUUGCCGGUGCAAAUCAAGCCACUCCUCCAGGCCAGGCACACCAAUUAAUUCGUGCGUACGUCUUGUUCAUCGUUCAGAAGAUUCAGAGCUUGCAUGCACACUAUUUUCUUUUCCUGUAUCUUUUCCGGUUCCUGUGAUCAAGAAUUGUAUGUCUCCACGGAGACCUUCUUUUACUACUCACAACUCGUCUACUUGCAAUCUGCAAAUGAGCUGUUUGGUUCAUGACCAUGCGACGACUUGGAUAUAAGAUUGGUGGUGGGGUUCUUAGCUUCACCUAAUAAUGUGACAAGUUGAUUAGUCUA